GAGAAGAGACGACCCAGUUUUUCCGGUAACUGUAGCCUCGCCCGCCGCUCGCCUCUACCAUAGCACUCGACUUCGCGCAUGUGCAGUAGAGAGUGGCGCGAGCCCGCGGCUUCCGGCCGGAGAGCAUGAUGCAAGGAGAGCCAAACACGAGUGCUUCCCUUAUUGACAGGACUAUCAAGAUGAGAAAAGAAACAGAGGCUAAGAAAGUGGUUUUAGCCUGGGGACUCCUAAAUGUAUCUAUGGCUGGAAUGAUAUACACUGAAAUGACUGGAAAAUUAAUUAGUUCAUAUUAUAAUGUGACAUACUGGCCCCUCUGGUAUAUCGAGCUUGCCCUUGCAUCUCUCUUCAGCCUUAAUGCCUUAUUUGAUUUUUGGAGAUAUUUCAAAUAUACUGUGGCACCAACAAGUCUGGUUGUUAGCCCUGGACAGCAAACACUUUUAGGGUUGAAAACGGCUGUUGUACAGACUACUCCUCCACAUGACCUGACAGCCACACAAAUCCCUCCCUCUCCACCUUCCCCUUCAAUUCAGGGUCAGAGUGUGUUGAGUUAUAGCCCAUCUCGUUCACCGAGUACCAGUCCCAAGUUCACUACCAGCUGUAUGACCGGAUACAGCCCUCAACUGCAAGGUCUGUCCUCAGGUAGCAGUGGUACUUACAGCCCUGGAGUGACCUACUCGCCUGUCAGUGGUUAUAAUAAGUUGAGGCUACAAAAUAAUGUUUUUGAAGCAUUGCACAGCGAAUUUAUUCAAAUAAUAAUUGUCUCUUUUCAAGUAGUCCUUUGCAAGAUUGGUGUCAUAGAGCAGGAUGAAGGAGAGAGGAGCCCAGAUUCUACCUCGCCUUCCAGCAGUCCUACUUUUUGGAACUACAGUCGUUCUAUGGGGGAUUAUGCACAAACUCUAAAAAAGUUUCAGUAUCAGCUUGCCUGUAGGUCUCAGGCCCCAUGUGCUAACAAAGAUGAAGCCGAUCUCAGUUCUAAACAAGCUGCAGAAGAGGUUUGGGCAAGAGUGACUAUGAAUAGACAACUUCUUGAUCAUAUGGAUUCAUGGACAGCUAAGUUUAGAAAUUGGAUCAAUGAGACAAUAUUAGUGCCACUUGUACAAGAGAUUGAGUCUGUCAGCACACAGAUGAGACGAAUGGGCUGUCCAGAGCUACAAAUAGGAGAGGCUAGUAUUACUAGCUUGAAACAAGCUGCUCUGGUCAAAGCCCCUCUCAUUCCAACUCUGAAUACAAUCGUGCAGUAUCUAGACCUUACACCAAAUCAGGAAUACUUGUUUGAAAGGAUCAAAGAAUUGGACGGCAGAAAUAAUAUGUUUCAUACAUUGUUAAUGUUUCUCUACAUCAUAAAGACCAAAGAGUCAGGAAUGCUUGGGAGAGUUAAUCUUGGUCUAUCCGGUGUGAAUAUUUUGUGGAUUUUCGGCGAGUAGUGGGUUAUUUAAUUCCAAACAUUUGGACUUCUAUUUCACUGAACCAGAAGUUGUUGAAUCUAACCAUCUCUGAAUCACUGCCUCUUAUUUCUAUGAAAUAAGAUACACAUAUGUAUAUGUUACAAACUCUUUAGAUUUAACAAAAAAUUAGCUAUUAUGAAACUUCCUUGUGAAAAUGUCCUGUAUCUUCUACACCAAGAGAUAUUCUCUUCAAUUUUAUAUCACAUUUUAGAAAUUUUAGUUGACUUCAGGUUUUUAUUGACCCAAAUCAGUGCCAUUCCUCCUUAAUUAAAUAUGAGUCCUUUUUCAUUGUAACCCUCAAAGAAGAGUCAUCCACCUGACGCUUCCACCACGAAAAAAUGUUUUUUCAGUCAUGUUAUUUAGUAGUGUAAGUACUUAAAAACAAAGAAAAUCACUAAUUUAGUUUUUUUAUCUAUUUCCCCAGUGUUCUGCAAGUCAGCCCAAAGCCCAUAUUCAAAGAAAUUUUAUUAACCUCUAAGUAAUGUUUUAAGUUCAUGUAUGUUUUAAAAUGUUACUAAAAGAAGUUUGACAGUGUUGGCAUUUAGAAGUCAACUCUUGGAUUAAAUUUAGCUGGUAGAAUUAAUCUGUUUGGGUUUUAGUUAAGGGUUUGAGGAUGUCAAGAGAAUAGUUUACUGUUUCAGUUUUAGCAACUCAGUUUCCACUAUUCCAUAAUAUUGUGUUAUUUUUAGA